UCGUUGAUAUAGUCGUUUAUUGGCUCUCAGCUGCAUUGCCGCGUGUUGAAAACUCUACUUUCGCACCAAUAAACUACUUGUUUAGAGUCAAUUGUGACAUAUAAUAUAUUUAAAUUACGCUGUUUUACUCUAAAACCUUGUUCUCAAAACGAAUGCACGUAUAGUUUAAGACGUUCAGUGAAAUUUGUAAAUAUAAAUCUUGUUGAGUUAUUAUAAGCGGUUUCAAGUUGAACUGUAGUAUUUGGCUCCAACACAUAAUAAAUAAGAACUAUGCAACAUUGUGGAUUUUGUUCAAUGGUAUCCGAUUUCUUAUGUCGAACUUUAUGUGUUGGAAGCAGACGAGGUAGUAGUGACACCUACUACCGCGAGCUUGGGGACCAAGACACAUUGAGAAUCGAAGAUAACAAGUCCUCUACCUCGUCCUCCUUUUCUAACGAUGUUGAAGAAAUAAUUUUCGUUACAGUUCACGAGACCCUGCCGCAAGCGCGGCGCCAUUCAGAUGAAGACGCGAUUGCUAAUAUGAAAGAGAAAGCCGCCAUCACAGGCCGCUUUCUCACCCUCAAGACGCGCCGCCGGCGACAUCUGGUGCCCGAAGUACAAGAACAUGACGCGCUGCUACUUGAUUCCCUGCAGCUACGCCAACAGCAGUGCAUCCUCAAUCGGUCUGCGCUGUGGAACUUCAAUGCAUUUGCAUUGGAAAACGUCUCCGGGGGGCGUUGCCUCCCGGAGCUAUGCGUCCACUUGUUCCACGAGUACGGGCUGAUAUCACACUAUCGACUGGACGCGGCCACGCUGUGGAAGCUCUUCAGCCUCAUAGAGGAGGGCUACCACAGCAGCAACCCCUACCACAACGCGGUGCAUGCUGCUGACGUCACGCAAGCCAUGCACUGCUUCCUGCAGCAAGAACAGAUUCUGCCAUUUAUGGAGCCGCAGGAGAUACUGGCUUGCCUGCUGGCGGCUAUUGCGCAUGACCUGGACCAUCCGGGCGUAAACCAGACCUUCCUCAUCGCCACCUCAAACUAUUUGGCAAAGCUGUACAAUAACACGUCGGUGCUUGAGAACCAUCACUGGCGGUCGGCGACGAGCUGCCUGAUAGAGAGCGGCGUGAUGGAGAGCCUGCGCGACAUCUGGUCCAGUCUGCAGGACCAGAUCUCGGCGCUCAUCCUCGCCACCGAUAUCACUCGGCAGCAGGAAUACCUCAGCCACUUCAAGGGUCACAUCGACACCAACACGUUAGAUUUGAGGAAACGCGAACACCGCUUUUUGGUGAUGCAAAUCGCCCUCAAAUGUGCGGAUAUCUCCAACCCAUGCCGGCCCUGGAACAUCAGUAAGAAUUGGAGUUUCAAGGUUUGCGAGGAAUUCUUUAGACAAGGUGACUACGAGCGCGAACUCAACCUGCCUGUCUCCGCGUUCUGUGACAAGAAUAAUAUAUCUGUGCCGAAUAUUCAAAUAGGAUUUUCCAAGUAUAUAGUGACGCCACUGAUAAAGGAGUGGCACCGGUUCCUCCAAAACGAUCUCUCCAUGCAGAUGUUAGACAACUUGCUCUCCAAUCAAAACAAAUGGGAGAGACUGGUUGCGAUGGAGGUUCCAGAGAAGAAUCCCACAGAAGCGCCUGAUACUGACGUGGCGGAGGACAAUAUCGAGUCCGGCUCUGGUUUGUCCGACAGUUCUGAAUUAUUGCUGCCCGGGCGCAGGAGUUCAUUGAAUCCAAUCAAGCCGAGAGGUUUCAAAGAACAAUUGAGGCGUUUCUCGGUACCGCUUAAUAUUUUCCAAGAAAGAAAAAUCAAGCGCCACGUAAAGAGCCGCGCAUCGGCCAGCAGCUCGGAGAUGCGACGGGACACUAGCCGGCUCGACAUCGAGUUCUCGAUACGGUCCCAGCAAUGUUCACCAAAGCGAGGCGAGAGAGCAACCUUUUCAACUGAGAAAUAUUUGAGCACUGAGAAUUUAUUGCAAGUAGACGAUGCUGAUGAUGAUAGCUAUCAAAAAAUCCCAACUUCGGAGACCACAUUUCUGGAGUGCUUGUUAGCCUCGCGACACUUGCACAAAAGCGCAGAGGACACAAGAUUUUCGCCUCCGACUACCAAGUCAGAUUUCUUGCACCGCUUAGAAAAUUUAAAAGCGACCAGGUUCAGGUGGUUUAAAAAAUCUGAAGCCGAAAAGAGCGAUCAGAAUGAGGCGUCUACAAGCGGGACUGCAACGCAGGAAGGUGGGCGGCGAGAGAAACGAGGCGAGGCCGCCUUGGCUGUGGGCAGCCGACUGCGCGACAACCUGUCUGCCGUCACACUCGAUGGCUUGCACCUGGAACAGCUUACUCCUAGACGGAAGUCAAUGCCGGCUGACUCCACGGCAGCGACCGCUGGGGCUCUGAAAGAGAAAAAAAUGCUCGAUGUGGCAGCAAUUCAUUCAUUGCGCAAACACGCUGAAUCUACGAAGGAGGAGGGCAGACGUCGCCGGGGCUCUGCGCCGGUACCCGUGGCGGUGUCCGAGCUGCGCGGCCUCGCACAGAGCGCACAGGGAGCCCAGGGUGCCCGCGCCAGCGCUCCUACCGUCACUCGCAAGAAGCCCAGUGCUGUAGCCUCUUGCCAACAGUGGCUUGCCAGGGCGGCAAACAACGCACAAGAGAAAUCACUCUCUAACAUACCACGACGCAGCUCUCUCCCCAUCGAGGUGAUGACAGGUUGAUAUCGCUGUG